AUGGCUACCUUUGCGCCGACCAAUUUUCCCUCAGACGUCCGAGACAAGCCACCCCACCAAGAGCCCCCACCACAGCAUCGACAACACCACGGACCCUUCUCCCAUCAGCUCAACCCGCCCACCGCGCCUCAGUCUCAGUCGUCGAACCCCCCGCCGCAGAUAGCCAGACGUGCCUCGCGUGACCUCAGGCCCCAGCACUCCGACGGCGCAAUGGCGGGCGCGAAUGGCCAUGGGCCCAUGGCGGUGCCGGGCGGGCGCGCCAACGGCCACGAGCAUAGGGCAAACUUGCGCGAGAUGGGUUUUGCCGGCCCGCGCAGCCCCCCAAACAACAAGAACACCUCACACGUCCCCUGCAAGUUCUACCGGCAAGGCGCAUGUCAGGCUGGCAAGGCGUGUCCGUUCCUGCACUCGGACGAGCCGCUGACGGAGCGGGCGCCCUGCAAGUACUUCACCAAGGGAAACUGCAAGUUCGGCCAGAAAUGCGCCCUCGCCCAUAUCCUCCCCAACGGCCAUGUCGUGAACCGCGGAAACGCCGGUAACCACUUUAGCCGCAUGAACAUUCCACACCACCAGGAGAUGCCCAUGAACAGCUCGCUGCUUACCAUGCAGGCGCACAUGGGCGGCAUGCAGCCAGGCUACCCGUACGCCAUGCCCGACGAGUACGCGAACCAGAAGAACCAGAAGAACCAGUACGACAUGAUCCCGACCAUCGACACCACCUUCUCUUCCCACCCAGGCUCCAACUAUGGCUCGCCGCCAAACGAGAACGGCCGACUCCCGAUAUCGCCGACACAGAAGGGAUUGAGCGUGAUGGAUGUGGGACUUCCGGCGUCUUUCGACAGCCAGGGUGUCUCGACCAUGGCGCGAUACGGCCCCAUUGCGUCUUCAGUACCCGCCAAGUUCCUCGCAAACUCCCCGCCGUCCUCGUACCAAGCCGAUUCGCCCGCGCUACGAAACCUACAUGACUCUGCGUUUGGAGAUGGUCUGCGGAGGGGCAUUGCAGGACUUGGGUCGUCUCCACCAGAGUCGGUAGAGCAGCCAGUUGGACGGAGGAUGCUCCACUCUGAGCUUGCCGCGAAUCGCUCUCGGGGCAUCAUGUCUUCGAGUGUAGGCGCGCGACCGACGUACAAGGACGAGGAAUGGGAUGAGACGGACAUGAUUGGCAAAUUCGAGGAGGACCUGCUGCCCAAUUCGUUGAGCGAUCUUCUAACACCACAGGAGAAGAUGCGCCGCUUCUCGCGCGACCAGGGCGAGAGCGACAACCGCACCUCGCAGUCCAGGUUCGGAGUCUCGCCAACAGCGUCAGACCUCAAGUACGGAUCACCAUCAGCAGCCACGGCUUCUCCCUCGCGAUUCCAGUCCAUGUGGGCCAAGCCUCGAGGGCCCACUUACGAUGGAGGAUUCGAAUCAGGCUCACUACCCGGCCAGUCGGCAUUCGGACACGUCGGCUCACCCCUUCGCAACUCAAGCCUCCACCCGGGAGCUAGCCCUUCGUUACGCGCCAUGAACCGUCCGACCACAGGCGACAUGAGCCCAUACCUCGCCUCACCCCCGCGCCAAGCGUCGAUGUCCAUGAUCAGCCAGCAACUCUCGCGCACCCGCAUAUCAGCCCGUGACGAAAGCGGCAUCACCAGCAACCCCGUCCACCCCGGCAUCAACCGCGUCACCUCCGCAUCCAGCAUCGGCAGCUCCAGCGGCCGUCUCGGUAUCGACCGCGCAGUCAGCAGCAGCAGCAUCAACCGUGAGAGGAUCGAGGAAGAGCAGGGUCUGUUCAGCAUGGAAGAGGAGGACGAUCUGAACAAGAGCAGGGACGGCGCCUCGACCACGUCUAGCAACAGCAACAAGCGUUUGAGCGGUCUGUCAUGGGGUAGUGGCGGAAAGGGUAGCCCGAACCUGGCUCCUGUUGGUGGUCAUCGGACUGCUGGUAGUUCUGCGCUCGGCAAGGAGACGGGUGCGGGUGCUUGGGGUGGGAAUGCUUGA